GUCGUAUCCUGCGGUUCCUGUGUUCCAAGGUUCGAUUUAGACCCGCCGGCGUAUCGAGGAGCCUUGACGUUCUUCAAGAUUUCGAGGUGAGGGACUCCGCCUCUCAUUGAAGGACUUCAGGAUGGUCGAUAGCUACCAAGACCAACUUAACCAGGUUGGCUGGAGCCUUUGCGCCAUCUCGCUCAUUGUCACGCUGGGUCGUUUCUAUUGUCGGAUAUGGGUUAUUCAAAGAUUCGGCUGGGAUGAUGGAUUCAUGUUAUUCGCAAUGGCCGCCGGCCUCACAAUGACGAUCCUAGUGAGCAUUGGAGUACACUACGGUUACGGUUUACAUCUAGCGUCCAUCACCGACCCCUACUCGCAAGAGCAAGCGCUCAAAUAUACCUACAUCGCGCCGUCCGUCUCCGUGGUCGCAUCUACAGCCGGCAAACUGUCGAUGGUGUUCUUCCUGAUACGACUUCUGGGCCAUUCAGCGAAUAAUUCACACCGUUGGUUUCUGUUUUCAGUUACUGCCGUCAUGGUCGGACUGAAUAUCUUCGUCAUCGGCGUUCUUCUCGGUCAAUGCUCCCCGAUGGAGAAGAGUUGGAAGCCUACAAUGCCUGGGACGUGCUUGCACCCCAACUUCCUGGAUUAUGGUGGGAGAAUUCAAGCAACCUGGAAUGCAAUUAUGGAUCUGGUCACUGCGGGUUUCCCGGCAUACAUGGUUUGGAGGUUGCAGAUGAAGAGGAGUACAAAAUGGGGACUGACGUUCCUUAUGGGCGGAGGCAUAUUUGCCGCAGCUGCCACACUUGUCAAGGUGUACUACAUGCGGGACCUCACCAAGCUUACCGACGUCACUUACGCGUGGGGCCCAAUUUCAAUCUGGUAUAUGGCCGAAGUCUUCGUCCUCAUAAUAACCGGCACAAUCCCCACCCUCAAGCCCCUGUGGUCGCGACUACGGGGGAAAAUACCUAGCUUAGGCUCCUACGUCGGCUCGAAGCCAUCCGGGGGCCGCUCCUCCAACCACCCCUACGGGAACUCCUCCAGCGGCGAGGCCAUACGAACGAACACCUCGAAAGGCCUGAAGGGCUUUGGCUCGCGAAACCGCCCCGGCAGCGUCACCAUCGCGCUCAACGAAAUCGAUGAUUUGACAAGAAGGGAAGCCGGUUCCAGUUCGGAGUCUAUACUGCCGAAGGAUCAGCAGGCCCGGCACACGGAGGGGGAGUUACAGGCGCAGCACUCCAGCGCUUCGGGCAUAUCAAAGGAUUCAUCCAAGGGAAGUACACGGGACUCGCCGACCUUAGGGCCGAGGCCUGAUCCGAAAGUAAUCGCGCCAUCGGGCCAUCGGAUACCAGAGAUCCGCGUGGAGAGGAAUUUCUCGGUCAGUUACGACGAGAAUAAGGGCCUCGAACCGGUUGUGGAGACGCAUUACAAGUUCCCUUGACCCGGGCACCCUCCAGGAAGGGGCAACGUUCCUUGUUUAUGAAAACGAUUCAUACGUUCGGAGUACGGCUGGGUACAAAUGUGAACGUGAAUCUUGGAAGGACCGUCCGGGAGUCUGCGUAUGGCGUCAAUUCUAGGGCCUAAACCGGAAAAGGAACAUACAUAUGAGCGCGAUUUAUAAGGCAUACCUAGGUACCUUUUGUUCUUAAUCUAUCCUGCUUUUCUAUAACUAUCGCCAUGAAUAAAUAGGAAUGACAUGAAUACAGGUCCGAAUAUCAGUGAAAAGCCCUGACAAGGGGUACCGAGCCCAUGGAAUGUAUCCGGAACCUUUCUGCCCGGACGACGAGGCCAUUCAUACCACUUUGGAGGAAAGUGCCUGGAGGCAUGGCC